AUGGCAUCUAAUACUAAAAUUCGUGUAACAGUCACUCUUCAACCAUCAGGAAAAUCAAGUGUAAUAAUUGUACAAACACUCGAAGAUGUUCUUCGUCAAUGUUCAUCGAAAUUUCGCGUUAAAGCGCGUCGUGUAUUUUUAGCAACAACCGGAGAAGAAUUAUCAAAAGAUUUACCUCGAAUUUCAAAUGAUACUAAAUUAAUUGUAACAUGUGGUGAUGCAUAUACAGCAACAACUAAUUCAACUUCGACGAUCAAAAAAGAUUCAGCAAUUGAUCCAUCAACGGUUUCCAUUCAAAUUAUUGCAAAUCGAACAUUAGUCGACGAAGCUGCUAUUGAUCAAUUGAAAAAUGUGGCUCGAUUAUAUCCAAAAGUCAAGCAUAUUUGGGGUAUGCCUGAUUUACAUGUUGGCCAAUCGACACCUAUUGGCUGUGUUGUUGCAACCGAACCAACUGUUGUUUAUCCUGAACUGAUUGGUUCUGAUAUUGGCUGUGGAAUGAGUUUUAUACGAACAAGAUUAGGUCAUAUAUCGGAAGAUGAUGAAAGAAAACUAAUUAAAUGGACAAAGCAAUUACAAGGCUUAGAUGAUUAUCUAUCAAAGGAGACAAUAGAAGAUUUUCUUCAAUCGAAUCUCGAAUGGCCAAUACCAGUUGACAAAAUUUCGAAUGAUCAUAUUGAAAAUGAACAAUUGGGAACUAUCGGUGCUGGUAAUCAUUUUGUUGAGCUACAACGUAUCGAAGAACUCCAUGAUAAUACAUGUGAUGAUCUCUCAACAGAUCAUCUCUAUUUACUUGUUCACUCAGGUAGUCGAAGUUUAGGUGAGAGAUUUUUACGUGAAUUUGGCAAAGACAAUGAUCAUACACGCGGACUUGAACGAGGAACUGAUGCUUAUGAAAUUUAUAUGCAGAAGCAUGACGAAGCAUGUACUUGGGCGAAACGUAAUCGAGCUUUAAUAGCUCAACGUUUUCUUGCUUGUCUUGGUGAUACAAGUCCACCGCAAUGUCUUGUCGAUAUCUGGCAUAAUAAUGUUGUCUUGAAAGAAUUAGGAUCGGAAAAAUCUCAAGUACAUCUUCAUCGUAAAGGUGCAGCACCAUCCGACAAAGGUCGGAUUAUUAUUCCGGGUAGUCGUGGUACACAUUCCUAUCUUGUUGAAUCCAUUGAUGAAAAUCAAGAAUCAUCUGGAUAUUCAUUAGCACAUGGAGCUGGUCGAGCUAUGUCACGUUCGAAAGCUCGACAAUAUUUUAGUGAAAAAUAUCCAAAUACGGAUCGAUUGAAAAUAACCGAGAGUUUAGAAUCACAUGUUGUCUGCGAUGAUAAGCAGCUCCUCUAUGAAGAACAUCCACAAGCCUAUAAGACAAUUGAUGCUGUUAUUGAUGAUCUUGUUGAAGCAAAACUAAUACGAGUUAUAGCAAAAAUGAGACCAUUGAUUACAUACAAAACCCGUUUAACGCAUUGA